UUUCUAGGGGUUUACUUUGCCAGUGGGCCAAGAAAUUGUGUCAAGCAAUGGAGUAUUGUGCCAAGAGAAUGGAUUUUAGAAGGAGGUAAAAAGCCAUACUGUUACUGGCCAUCUGAUGGUGACGUGGAAUGGUUAGCGAGGACCUGCACAUCUCCAAAUCCUGCUACAUGGCCGAAAUUCAUCAUAUCAAGGAUUGCCGAAGAGUCGGAUGAUUUUGCACGGUGUGAGCGAAAAAUGGUGAUGGGGGAUAUUUCACACACUGACAUCAGUGCCUCGGAGUCUGAAAAGAAGAAAGGUUUAACAGGAUCAACGCAUUUUUCGGGAAGUGGAGUAAGUCAGCUUGUCCAAGAACAACACACGUUCCAAGUAACAAAUCGCAGUCAAGUGCCAGGUGUUAACAGGGUUGAGUCAUCAUCAGAUGAAUCGGAUCAUAUUGAAGGCGAUCGACUCUCCGACCUUGCAAGACCCCUCACCAGCAGGACUGGUCUGUUAGCAAGGAAGAUUGAGAACCCUUCCAAUAGUUCGUGCACCUGCUGCCCAGACCACAAGCAAGACAUAUUUGCCUCGCACCCACCCCUGGUGGAGAACCCCAAUUGGACCGGCUGA